ACCCACAGGGAAGCCUUCUCGCCGAAGCUAGUCUCCAUCGGGCCAUUCUAUCAUGGCACACAGUGGGAGGCCAUGGAAGAGCACAAGUGGAGGUACCUGCAGAGCUUUCUGAAGCGGAAACCGACGUCCGUGGAAGAGUGUGUUAAGGCCAUCGAGAAGUGGGAAGAGGGAACUCGCCAGUGUUACUCGGAGAACAUCGAUCUCAGCAGUGAUGACUUCAUCAGAAUGGUUCUUGUAGAUGGUGCAUUCAUCAUUGAGCUGUUCCUGUUGAAUCACUCUCCACAAAUGAGGGCCGAGAAUGAUAUCAUCUUCGACAAGCGAAAACCAUGGAUGAUCACCAACGUGAGAAGAGACAUGAGUUUGAUGGAGAAUCAGCUCCCAUUUUUUGUUCUUGAAAAUCUCUUCAAAAUUACAUUUGAGACUCAAUUGGAAACCCAAUCAUCUUUAUUGGAGCUUGCGUAUAAUUUCUUCCGCGUCGAAGCGAAUCUCAAAGCAGAACUGGGGAAGGAGAGGAUGUUCGACUCCGAGGUCAAGCAUUUAUUGGAUGCUUUAAGAUUUUGGCACUUACCCACCCCGCAGAAGGCACUAGACUAUAAAUGGGAGAAGAUAGAAGCAAUACCUAGGGCAAAGCAGCUUCAAGCAGCAGGAGUGAAGUUCAGGAUGAGCAAGAGUAAUUGCUUAUUCGACAUCGAAUUCUCAAAGGGUGUUCUUGAAAUCCCAUGUUUCAAGCUAAAUCCCGCAACCGAGUCUUUUCUCAGGAAUAUCAUGGCUUUUGAGCAGUCCUGUUAUAGACAUGAUAGUUACUUCAUUGAUUAUGUAGCAUUCUUGGGAGAUCUCAUCAAAACUAGAGCCGAUGUGAAGCUGCUAAUCAAGAAAGGGAUAAUCGCUCCUGAGAACUUGUUGGGGAAUGAAGAAAUAUUGGCAAAUAAUGAUGAGACAUUGGCAAAUCUUUUCAACAGUUUUGGAAAGGAGAGCUGGUUUCGGACAACCAACAUCGGUUUCUGCAUUCUUCAGCAGAAUCUGAAAGCUUAUUAUGAAACUCAUUGGCACAAGGUGAAGGUUCCCAUGGUGUCCAAGAAGAAGCAUUAA